AUGCUGUUAAACGCCUACCGUGAUCAACACCCGGGAAUUCGUAUCGUCUAUAGGACCGUCGACCAUCUUCUCAGCGGCCGGCACAUGCAGAUCCCAACACGUCUCUCUGUGACUACAAUCCACGACCUGCUCUUCGCGGAUGAAUGUGCGCUCAGUACCGCGACAGAUGCUGACAAACAACGAAACAUGGUUCUCAGCGACUCCGGCUACCUCAACAUUGCGCCUACCAUCAAAGUGGACAGAACGCUGGUCAUGCAUCAACCGUCAUCCAACAGGGUUCCUCGCAUCCAUGUCAGCGACGUUCAACUGGAGGCCGUAAACGAUUUCGCCUCCUUAAGCAGCACCCUCUCAGACUGCAUCGAAAUCGACGACGAGGUGCCCCAUUGGAUUUCCAGAGCCGGCCAAGCCUUCGGUCGGCUGCAAAACUCCGUAUGGAAUUGCCACGGUCUCUACCUGAACACCAAAAGAUAG